GCUUUCGCAGCCGACGCAAACGUAAACAAAACCAAACAGAUACCAUGGCCGACGAGGAUAUCACACUGAACGAGGACCAGCUCUUGGAGUCGUUGGAGGAGACGAACGGCGAGCAGGAGACUGAAAUUAACACAGAGAACGAGGAGGAGGGCAGCAUGCAAAUCGACCCCGAACUGGAGGCCAUCAAGGCGCGCGUCAAGGAGAUGGAGGAGGAGGCCGAGAAGAUCAAGCAGAUGCAGUCGGAGGUGGACAAACAAAUGGCCGGUGGGUCGACCACCGGCUUGGCCACCGUGCCGCUCUCCCUCGAGGAGAAGCAGGAGAUCGACACGCGGUCCGUCUACGUGGGCAAUGUGGACUAUGGCGCAUCGGCCGAGGAACUGGAGGCCCACUUCCACGGCUGCGGUACCAUCAACCGCGUCACCAUACUCUGCAACAAGGCGGACGGUCACCCAAAGGGAUUUGCAUACAUCGAGUUCGGGUCGAAGGAGUUCGUCGAGACGGCCCUGGCCAUGAACGAAACCCUCUUCCGAGGUCGUCAAAUAAAGGUGAUGUCGAAGCGCACUAACCGCCCUGGCCUGUCAACCACAAAUCGGUUUGCACGCGGCAGCUUCCGGGGGCGAGGAGCCCGUGUCUCCCGGGCGUGCUGUCACUCCACCUUCCGAGGCGCCCGACGCGCUAUAAGGGGUUACCGUGGUCGCGCCAAUUACUACGCUCCAUACUGAUUAUUGUUUUAAUAAAACCUUAGUAAGAUUUUUUUAAAAUAUUAUUUCAAAAAACAUUAUUUUAUUGCCAAACUUCUUUGCUAAAUAAAACAAAAAAGAGAAAACAUUCACAAGAGAAAGCGCCAGAAAAAAUAUCGUUUCAAUAAGAAUACAUCCCCAGCAAGAAAAGAGGCGAAAAAGAAGAGACUUCGAUAAGAAUAAAAAUCAACAUGGAAAAACGAAUAUCUUGACUUGGCUAUAAUGUUUUUUGAAGCACCCAACACCAAACACCCCUUUUUCACACAUUUUAAGUUUCAAAUAAAAAAUCAAAAAAGAAUAUGAAAAACAAGAAGUUGAUUAAGAAAAACAAAAAAAUAUAUAUCAAUAAAUAUAUAUAAAAGAAACGCAAAAGAAAACCACAAACCAUAAUAAAAGAAGUUAAAAGAUGGCAAAAUCAAGUAAAAGAAGGAAGAAAAUAAUAAAAAAAAAAAAUCAAAAGAACACAAGACUCUUGGGAAAGAAGUAAAUCAACAAAAUAGAUAAAAAAUUGCGUAAUUUAUAUAUUCAAAAAAAUAUAUGAGUAAAGAAAAGAACUUGAAUUUUACUGAACUGAAAAAGAUGAUGACAAAUAUAAUCGAAUUAAACAAGCUA